AUUUAACUUGUGUUUCUCUCCAGACAAUCUUGGGGAAGUCUUCUGCGGAGAUCAGGCUGAUGGUUCUGGGGGAACCAUAAUCCUCCCUUUUCAGAGGCAGAAAGUCCCUUCCUCCUUCGUCUCCAGAGAAGCCUGUGAGCAAGAGGAGCCUCAGAAAUUGGAACAGACAGGAGCUGGGCAGUAGCCAUUAUGGCUGCAGAAUUCCUGGUGGACAUACAGGAGGAGGUGACCUGCCCCGUCUGCCUGGACCUCCUGACAGAACCCGUGAGCACAGACUGUGGCCACAGCUUCUGCCAAGCCUGCAUCACAGGGAACAGCAAGCAAUCAGAGAUGAGCCAAGAAGGGGCAAACAGCUGUCCUGUGUGCCAGACCAGCUACCAGCCUGGAAACCUGCGGCCCAAUCGGCAUCUGGCCAACAUAGUGGAGAAACUCAGGGAGGUGUCACUGGGUGCGAGGAAGGAGCCAAAGUUCACUCUUUGUGCACGCCAUGGAGAAAAACUCCAGCUCUUCUGUAAGGAGGAUGGAAUGAUCAUUUGCUGGCUUUGUGAGCGGUCUCAGGAGUACCGUGGUCAUUACACAUUCCUUGUGGAGGAGGCUGCCCAGAUGUUCCAGGAGAAGCUCCAGGUGGUCCUGGAGCAGCUGAGAAAGAACCAGCAGGAAGCAGACAAGUUUGAAGCAGACAUCAGACAAGAGACAGCUCUCUGGAAGAAGCAGAUAAAGGAUGACGAUCAACAUAUCCAGGCAGAAUUUACUAAAUUGAUAGAUAUCCUGCAAAGAGAGGAGCAGAAGGAGCUGCAAAAUCUGAAAAGAGAGGAAAAGGAAGUUCUGGAUAAGCUGGCAGAGUCUGAGAAUGAGAUGGUUCAGCAGAGCCAGUUUGUGAGGGAGCUCAUCUCAGAUGUGGAGCAUCGGUUGCAGGGGUCAAGAAUGGAGAUGCUACAGGAUGUGAAUGGCAUCAUUAAAAGGAGUGAGAGUUUGACCCUGAAGAAGCCAGUAACUUUUCAAAACAAACAAAGGAGUGUAUUCCGAGUUCCAGAUCUGAGUGAGCUGCUACGAGUAACAGGAGAGCUGAAUGAUGCCCAGUGCUACUGGGUUCACAUGACUCUGAAGCCAAUCAAGCCUAAUUCAAAUAUUGUCCUUUCUGAGGCUCGGAGACAAGCGAGAUAUGCACCUAAUUGGAUGAGAAAACAAGAUAUCUUUUCCACCAGUGAGGGCAUCACUGUUGACCUCAUGGGGUCUCACUCGAUCACCUCAGGGAAACAUUACUGGGAGGUGGAUGUGUCCCAGAAAAUUAGCUGGGUCUUGGGGGUCUUCUGUGGAAAACUUAUCAAAGCCCUUCCAAACUUUGGUUUUAAACAAUGUGAAGUUUAUAAAAAAAAUGAUUACCCCAGAUAUCAUCCUCGAUAUGGCUACUGGGUUAUAGGUUUACAGGCGCGGAAUCGGUAUACAGCUUUUGUGGAUUCUUCUUCCUCAAAUCCCUCCCUCUUCACCCUCUCCUUGGCUGUUCGUCCCCGUCGUAUCGGAGUUUUCCUAGACUAUGAAGCUAAAACUGUGUCAUUUUUCAAUGCCACAAACCGUGGGUUUCUCAUCUAUAAAUUCUCUAAUUGUCACUUUUCUAACACUGUUUAUCCAUAUUUCAGUAUUACAACUUGUAGACGUCCCAUGUCCCUGUGUUCACCAAAUUCGUAAACUUUCUUAUGCCCUAGCUCACUUCUGUGCGUUGUGCCUCGUCCUGGAGUACAUCUCUCAUACCCAGUUCAUUUUCACCAUCCUGACCAUCUUUUCCUUGCUCUUUCCCUUCUUUCCUUUUGAAAGCCCUUCAGUUAUCAAUAGGGUGUACAAUUUGCCUCAUGUCUUAUUCUUCCAAUAUCUUGUUAGCAUUAGAAGAGAAGCCUAAUUCAUAAUUUUUUAUAUUCCCAAGGAAAAAUGACUGAUCCCUCUGGAAAAUAAAAAAAGGACAGCAUUGGGAUAACACCUCUGCCAACACUUUACUCCUCAUUCUCUCUGCCACUGGCCUGAGAAGUUGAGGCAAAGCUUUUCAACACCUUGUCUGUUAGCUAAGACCUUGCCUAAGAGUCGCCUGCUAAAAAAUGAGUCCUUAGGGGUGUGUCAGUUUACCCUUGAUGCCCACACUUACCAAGGAGUUAGGGAGAAAAUAAUAUAAAUCGUAUAAACCAUGAGUCUAGGUUUGUGUCCAGAGUGUCUGAGUUCAAGUCCUUCCCUCCCACAUACCAACAGUGUAACCUGCAAUAAGAUACUUAAGUGGCUGUGCUUACUUUCUUAAAAUCAUUUUGGGCUAAAAACUGUUAACUAACAACUGAAAUCAUUGCGAGAAACUAUUAUUAAAUGUAAAGCAACUAUCUAAGCGUCUUGACUUAAUAACUAUUUGUUGUACUUUUUACUGAAAAAAUGUAAGCUGUCCCAUAGAACAGGUUUGUACCUUCAGGGGAACUAGUCAAAGCUCUACUGAAGUCUCAUUUUUCAGGUCCCAGAUAACUGUCAAGAUUACUCCAAGUCUUCUUUGAUUAACAGUUUUUAUCCUAAUUCUGAUCUGGCUACAUACUAGCCCUUAUGAAGUAAACUAAAUUCUAUGGGAUUCACUUUCUUAUUUGUAAAUAGUAUAAUGAAAUUUAUCUGAUGGAGUAUUGUGAGAAGUAAAUAAUACAUUAUUUUUAAUAAGUUCUGCUAUUUCCUAGCAUGCUAACACUGAUCCAUAGCGGUGUGUAUUGAUUUUUUUCUGACUCCCUUUCUCUAUGACUUGAAACAACUGAUUUUAAGAAGACAUAUUAGUUUAUUUUCAAAAUUACUACCUUACUUUGUUUUAAGUAAUAGAAUAACUUGAUUAAAGAAUCAGUUUUUAUAAAAAUAUUAUCUAAUUGUAAAAUAAAUAUUUCAGCUUUGUAAAACAAUCUUUGUUGUUAAUUUUCUUAGCCAUGUGGACCUUAA